ACAUUAAAUUUAUAUAUACAAUUCAAUGUGCAACUGUUUAUAAAGUUAAAAAAAAUUAGGUAACUACUAUUUGCGAGAAGAAAAAUAAGUAUAAACAAAAGAUGAUAAAUAUGAUAAAUAUUUAUCUUUAAAAUUCAUCGUGUUACGAAUUGUGUGCAAUCUUGAAGAGGAAGGUUAUAAUAUUAUUGAAAAGCAGAAGAGAAAAAUAUUGUGUAUUCAAUUAACGUAUCUGAUUGGACUUCGGAGGUGAUAUUUUUUAUAUAAAAUAUAUGUACAAUUUUAAUAUAUGGAUAAGAAAUUGGCAGCUUACCGUAAUAAGAAGCGAAAAAAGGAGAUGUUUGAAUCAGCUAAAAGUAAACUGAAAGAUUUACUAUUUUGGGAUAGAGACAGAUUCAGGGAAACUCCAACAGAGGCUGAGGAUCGAGAGCCCUUGAACUGUGAGAAUAAGGUAAAUGAUAAAGAUAAUAAAGUGGAUAAAGAUGAUGUGGAAAGUACUUCAUCAGAUGACAGUGGUGAUGAUUCGACUGAAACUUCCUCUCAUCCAGCAAUCAGAUGGACAUUGUAUUCUCUAUAUUUUUCACUAUGGCUGACACUCUACAUUCUUGCCUUGCGAAUUGAAUUUGGCGCUAUUUAUUUUAUUCUCUCGAGUUUCUAUUUAAUUUGGGUUAAUACGAGAACAAAACCCAAGAAAAAGGGCGAAGUUAGUGCCUAUUCUGUAUUUAAUCCCGACUGCAAAUCAAUAGAUGGCACUCUCAAAGCCGAGCAAUUCGAAAGAGAAAUAAUGUUUGGAGCCACAUCAAUUAUUCACUAAUGUAAAUAAUAAAGGUGUUUCUGCAAUAAUUUUUUUUUCAUCGUCAUAUAAAAUGUACAGGAAACUGCACAUAUGCUGUUGCGUUUAGCUUCUGCGCAACAAUAAUCAAUGUAAAAAAGAUGCGCAAAAAAGAAUAUAUAAUUUCUAGGAACUCCUUUUACGCAAGGUAAGUAAUGGUGCUUCUACAACAACUUUUUGCUCGUGUCUCGAUGAAAAUAUAAAGUUGUUAUAGAAACAGCAUAAAAAGACGAAUUUAUUAUCGUUACUUUUUUAUAAAUAGGAAACGACUGAGGGUAUUUUUAAUUUCAAUAAUAACCAUAUAUAUAUAAUUGUGGUAAUAUUGUCCUUUUUUUAUGUAAAAAGUAUGUACAAAAUCUUCAUUUUGUGUCGAGUAUUAUAUAUAUUCCAAGUGUAAAUGUAUAAUAAAAAUAUUUUUCUGUCAA